AUGGAUAACGAAGAAUACCACUCUUUCUGCUCUCGUUGCUACAUCAUUGUCCUCUCAGCGCUCACUGCCGUUUUGCGGCUCAUCGGUGUGAUAAUGUUUUGUAUUGAUGAGAUCUACUACCCACAAAACCGCUCUGAAGGAACUUAUCCAGUUACAAUCUAUUUACAGAACUUCAGAAAGCUUGAGAGACAGGAGGUUGAAGUUCAACUCGAAGUGUAUGCCAACAAUCUGACAAGAGUUUUGGAAUCAACAGAAUACUGCCGUUAUCUACAAGAUGAACUAGAAUAUGCUCGAGACAAUGGGGUUGAACUGAUUAAUAUGGAAGUAGUGAGAGAGUUUAUUGAAAUGGAGAGUAUAUAUUCAACUCCACAUGAACUUUCUCUCCCAACUGAUUCCUCUUCUUCGACGGACCGUACUUCUCGUUCGAUCACCCCAAUUGAUGAAGUUUUUGAAACCCUCAAGGCUUACAGUGUAGAGUCAAUUCCAAGUAGCAGCGAUUACACAGAUUCGGACGACAAUGAAGAUACUGUCAGCACACAAACUGAGUCUAUCCAAAUGAAUCUACUCGCACAUGCCGCGGUAGUUCAUGCGGAAGAGUAUGUACGAUAUGUGUACGCUCGUUCUGAAGCACUUGGAUUACCCUACGAGAGAGCUGAACACGAACUUGAACAAUUGUCAGCAGUAGAAGAAGAAGACGAGGAAGAGGAAGAACUGGAACCACAAAAAUGA